AUGGCCACACCAACAUCCACAACCCCAAUCAACCCCUCCAACCCCGAAAUGCGCUCACAUCUCCUCUCCCACUACUCCACCCUCCUCUCCACCUUCAGCACCUCCCCCUCCAAAUUCAAAAUCCUCACCUCCCUCCCUCACAUAUCUCCCACCUCGACAACACCACCUCCCCCACCCCCAAAAACCCUCUACGUCCUCGACUCCUCCUUCAACCCCCCAACCCUCGCCCACCUGCACAUCGCCCGCACCGCCCUCCUCCAAGAUAACCUGCCCCCCUCACCCACAACCAGAAAACACAUCCUCCUCCUCCUCGCCACCACCAACGCCGACAAAAAAGACCCCACGCCAGCCUCCUUCCCCCAACGCCUCUGCAUGCUCCGUCUCCUCGCCGAAGAACUAAUUUCCGAAUUCCCGUCAAAACCAUCAGAGCAAGCAGCAGGUUCCGCGCGCUUAACAGUCGACAUCGGCGUAACGAAACAGCCAUAUUUCAUCGACAAAAGCAUCUCGAUCCUCGAAGAAGGAGCAUCCUAUAACCAGGACACGGAACAGGUCCACCUCCUAGGCUACGAUACGCUCGUGCCAUAG